AUGUUUGUGCCGCUUUUCCUGCUGUUUGUUUCCGGGAUUGUCCAGUCCGUCGCGGCGAAGGAUGUUCACCUAAGAUGGAAUAUUACCUGGGUCAAUGCUGCCCCAGAUGGCUAUGAGAGGCCCGUGAUUGGUAUCAACAAUGAAUGGCCUUGUCCCCAGAUUGAUGCCGAACAGGGUGACAGGCUUAUUGUCGACGUUGAGAACGGCCUGGGAAACCAGUCAACUGGCCUCCACUGGCAUGGUAUACACCAAUACACGACCGGAACUAUGGAUGGCACUUCAAGCGUUUCCCAAUGCCCUGUUGCUCCUGGUUCGAGUAUUCGUUAUGAUUUUAUUCUUGACCAAGCUGGAACGUACUGGUACCAUUCGCACAACAUGGGACAAUACCCUGAUGGCCUGCGCGGCGCGUUGAUUGUCCAUGAUCCAAAUCCUCCUUUUGAUUUUGACGAAGAAAUAACCAUCACCUUGACGGACUGGUACCAUGAGCAAAUGACUGAAUUGCUCGACCAGUAUCAGUCAGUUGAUAAUACGGAGAAUAACUUCGGCGAGGAACCACUUCCGGAUGCUUCUUUGAUCAAUGACUCCACGCAGACGCAGUUCAAGGUCCAGCCGGGGAAGACUUAUUUCAUUCGCUUCAUCUGCAUUGGAAACUGGCCCGGUCAUACGUUCCUUUUUGAGGAUCAUGAGAUGACCGUAGUCGAAAUAGACGGCGUCUGGAUAGAACCAUAUCCAGUAGGCGACAAGAACAUUCGCAUCACAACUGGUCAACGUAUGGGCGUUCUUAUCAAAACCAAAGACGAUGCAAGCAAGAACUAUGCUUUCUGGGAUACCAUGGAUAUCAACAUGAUGUUCAUUUACGAAAACCGGACGGUCCCAGACAAUUACAACCCUAAUGCAACUGCAUGGCUGGUUUACGAUGAAUCCUUACCGCUGCCACCACCUCCCGUCGUUAAUGAAUUUGAUUUUAUCGAUGAUGUUGAGUUUGUGCCAUACAAUGGUGAUCCUAUUCUGGAGCCGGUCGACCACCAAAUUAUUCUCCAUACUGGCCAGACGGUCGAAAAUGGGGUGACUCGGUUCACUAUCAAUGGACAGACAUACAUACCUCAGCAAGUCCCCACACUUUACACAGCAUUGACCGUCGGUUCUGAGUAUUAUUCCAAUCCGGACGUGUACGGGGACGUUAAUCCUAUUGUUCUUGAGUACAAUGACGUUGUGGAAAUUGUGAUCAAUAACUAUCAUGAUAAUCUCCAUCCAUGGCAUUUGCACGGCCAUCAAUUUCAAGUAAUUCAGCGUAGCGCUGUUGAUGGAGGCUACUUUGAUGGCUACUUCGCCAAUGUAUCGUCCACCCCAGUCUUACGUGAUACCAUCAUGGUGCAGAAUUAUGGACAUGCGGUGAUCCGAUUCCGCGCUGAUAACCCAGGAGUCUGGCUGUUGCAUUGCCACAUUGAGUAUCAUGUCGAGGCUGGCUUUACGGCAACCAUCAUCGAAGCACCCGACAAACUGCAAGACUUGUACAUAACUCCUCAAGAUAUACGUAUCUGUGAUGCCUACGGAUCGCCUUCUAGCGGGAAUGCGGCUGGAAAAGAAGGAUUGGAUCUUGACGGUGCAAAUGACUAUAUAUAUCCAGGUGAUUCAGGGGCUUCUUAUCCCCCGCCUGAGGAACCGUAA